AUGGGGCAUGCACGGAAGCGCCCCAAGCUCGAAGAGGGAGAGGUUUCAUCUUCUGAUGAUGAUUGCAUCAUCGUCGACGCGCGCGUCAAGAAAGGGCGCGAGUCUCCCAAAGUUAUCCAAGAUCAUCGUCAUCAUCUCUCAACUUCAAAACCAAACAUGACCUCUUAUCCCUUCUGCAGCGAAUGCUGCAGAUAUUUCCAAAGUGAUGCGGAAAAGGAGCGACACUACUCCAAAUGGCAUUACGGCAACCUCUGCCACGCAUGCGAUGAAAGUUUCCCGACAGAGUCAGAGCUACUCCAACACAAAGCUGGCCACGCUGACACCCCGAUUUGCUGCGUCGGCUGUGAGAAAAGAUUCAAAUGUUAUUCAGCAAUGAUGGAUCAUCUUGAGUUCGGUGGAUGCGAAUCAAGUUGCACCGGCCCGCUUGUCCGCAGCGUUGCAGCAGCUCACUCUGCGCAAUUCCACCGAUCGUCAACUCGGAAUAUCAACCUGCAAUGCUCUACCUGUGACAAGAACGGAGAAAAAGCCUCUACUUUCCAGUGCAAUGUCUGCCGAAAGAAAUUCGACCAAGAAGUUGCGCUUGGCAUGCAUCGGAGAGAGAAACAUGACAACACAUACUGUUGUGCUUGUGAGACAUACUUUGCCAACCCAGCCAAGAAGCAGAAGCACAUCAUAUCCAUCUCUGGCACUUCUGGAAAGCCUGGGACGUUUUUCUGUGACUUUUGUGAUCCAAAAGUACGUUUGGGAACGGAAAAGGAGCUGUGUGGCCACCUGUGGCUUGACCACAUGGUGUGUGGUCCUUGUGGGCAGAUGUUUGAGACCGCUGAGCUCAAGAAAAAGCACGAUGCGAAGGCUCACAAUAGGUGUACUGUUUGUUACCGGUUCUUCGUGUCGAUUGCGGAACUCAAACAGCACCGUGAGACCCAUAAAGUCGAGCCCUGUGUCAUCAAGUCCCCUGUUGUCGAACCCUCUAUUAUCGAACCAUCUAUUGUACAUCCACUACCAGUAAAACCAGAGCCAAUCCCCAGCCUCCAACGAGCAUCCAAACAACUAUACCGGUAA